GGUUGCUCCUGCGUCAACUCCUCCUCAUCCUCGCUUAGGAGCGUGCAAAGGGCUGCAAAGUCAGAUCUCUCAUCCUGCGCGCGAGGUUUUGUCAUGCUCCAGGCAUUCAGACAUUCAGGUGGUAGGUAUGAGCACCAACUGUUCAGAUGGCAGCAUUAUCAUAAAUCUGUGCUAGCCAUCAGGAGGGAGGAUGUUAAUGCCUGGGAAAGAAGAGCACCUCUGGCUCCACGGCAUGUCAACGCGUUAGCCAGCCUAGGAUACAAAGUUCUGGUACAGCCAUCUAACCGAAGGGCCAUCCAUGAGAAGGAAUAUGUCAAAGCUGGUGGAAUUAUACAGGAAGAUAUUUCAGAGGCCUGUCUGAUUAUAGGUGUGAAAAGACCUCCAGAGGAUAAACUAAUCCCCAAGAAGACAUAUGCAUUCUUCUCCCAUACUAUUAAAGCCCAAGAGGCAAACAUGUCCUUGUUGGAUGACAUCCUAAGAAAGGACAUCCGGUUGAUAGAUUAUGAGAAAAUGGUGGAUCACAGAGGAAUACGAGUUGUAGCCUUUGGAAAGUGGGCUGGUGUUGCAGGCAUGAUCAAUAUUUUACAUGGAAUGGGAUUACGGUUUCUUGCUCUGGGACACCACACUCCUUUUAUGCACAUUGGAAUGGCCCAUAAUUACAGAAACAGCAGCCAGGCUGUGCAAGCAGUUCGGGACUGUGGCUAUGAAAUAUCGUUGGGUUUGAUGCCAAAAUCUGUUGGCCCCGUAACAUUUGUGUUUACAGGUACUGGCAAUGUAUCCAAGGGUGCUCAAGAAAUGUUCAACGCACUUCCUUGUGAGUUUGUCGAGCCUCAUGAGCUGAAGGAGGUCUCCAGAACUGGAGACCUCAGAAAAGUGUAUGGGACUGUGCUCAGUCGACACCACCACCUUGUAAGAAAGAGUGAUGGGGUGUAUGACCCUGUAGAAUAUGACAAGCAUCCAGAGCUUUACACAUCUAAUUUUAACACUGAGACUGCACCCUAUGCAACUUGCAUAAUCAAUGGGAUCUACUGGGAUCAGCUUACCCCACGUUUGCUAAGCAGGCAGGAUGCACAGAGGCUUCUGAUGCCUCUGAGACCUUCUGCUUCAGCUACUGAAGGCUGCCCGGAAUUACCACACAAGCUUCUUGCAAUCUGUGACAUUUCGGCAGACACCGGUGGUUCUAUAGAAUUCAUGACAGAAUGUACCACAAUCGAAUAUCCCUUCUGCAUGUAUGAUGCCGACCAGCACAUUAUUCAUGACAGUGUGGAAGGGCUUGGGAUUUUGAUGUGUUCCAUUGAUAAUUUGCCAGCUCAGCUUCCCAUAGAAUCAACAGAAUGUUUUGGAGACAUGCUCUUCCCUUAUAUUGAAGAAAUGUUGUUAUCAGACGCUUCUGAGCCCUUGGAGAGCCAGAAUUACUCACCUGUCGUUAGAGAUGCAGUGAUUGCAUCCAAUGGUUCAUUGACUGACAAGUAUAAAUAUAUCCAGAAGCUGAGGGAGAGCAGGGAAUAUACUCAGUCACUGGCCAUGGAUAAAAAGAAGAAUGUCUUGUUAUUGGGAUCUGGAUAUGUCUCUGAGCCUGUGAUAGAAUACCUCUCAAGGGACCCCAACAUUGGAAUAACAGCAGCCUCUGUCAUGAAGGAACAGCUUGAGCAACUGGCUAAGAAACACAGCUGUAUAGUUCCUGUUGUUAUGGAUGUUACCAAAGACGAGGAGAGAUUAUCAUCCAUGGUGAAGAAACAUGAUCUUGUGAUCAGUUUGCUGCCUUAUUCAUUCCAUCCUUUGGUUGCUAAGAAAUGUAUUGACAGCAAAGUAAACCUGGUAACUGCUAGUUACCUGACACCAGCAAUGAAGGAACUGCAGCAGAGUGUAGAGGCUGCUGGCAUCAUGGUUGUCAGUGAAGUAGGUUUGGAUCCUGGUCUUGAUCAUAUGUUGGCAAUGGAGUGUAUUGAUAAAGCAAAAGAAGUAGGUGCUACGGUGGUAUCAUACACGUCUUUCUGUGGUGGCCUACCUGCUCCAGAGCAUUCUGAUAAUCCCCUGAGAUACAAGUUCAGUUGGAGUCCCCAGGGGGUUUUGCUGAAUACUGUUCAACCUGCCACAUAUUUAAAAAAUGGAGAGAUUGUUAAUAUUCCAGCUGGAGGAGCUUUGCUUGAUUCUGUUACUGUCAUGGAUUUUUUCCCAGGAUUAAAUUUGGAAGGUUUUCCAAACAGGGAUAGUACAAAAUAUGCUGAACCCUACGGUAUUCAAACAGCUCACACUCUUUUAAGAGGGACUUUACGAUACAGGGGUUUUUCUAAAGCUGUAGGAAGUUUUGUAAAAUUGGGACUGAUAAACACAGAACCAUGCCCUAUGCUGAGUGUAGCAGCACCUUCCAUAAAAUGGCAAGAACUGAUGUGCAAGCUUCUGGGGCUGAAGCCAUCUGUAAAAUUGAAUGAUCUUCGAGAAGUCAUCUGCAAUAAAUUGGACAAGAAUGAAAGGCAGCUGGAAGCAUUAGAAUGGUUGGGAUUGCUUGGAGAUGAGCCUGUUCCAAGAGCAGACAGUAUAGUGGGUGCCCUAGCCAAACACAUGGAGGCCAAGCUGUCUUUUGGCAUUGGAGAGCGAGAUAUGAUUGUUAUGAGAAAUGAAAUAGGAAUCAGGCAUCCCUCUGGUCAUUUGGAAGAAAAAAACAUCAAUCUGGUGGUGUAUGGUGAUGCUAAAGGAUAUUCUGCAAUGGCUAAAACUGUAGGGUAUCCUACUGCCAUUGCAGCAAAGAUGGUGCUUGAUGGGGAAAUUAACACCAAAGGCAUGGUUAUCCCAAUGACAAAGAAUAUAUAUGGACCGAUCCUGGAACGAGUUCAAGCUGAAGGCAUUGUAUACAGUACCCAGAGUGUUAUCAAGCAAUAAAUAACAUUUUUGUAUUUUUUUUGGUGGGGAAGGGUUUACUUUCUGUAUCUAGCUUUCUAUGCAUAACCGAAAGCAAGUUGUCCAUAGGCGUGUCUGACUGCAGGGCUCUUCUGACAAGCCCCACUGGUAUGAAUAGAAAAUACUCAGCUGCUCCUAAUUUGUAUAGUUCUAGUGCAGUUCCAAUGGAAUUGAAAAAGGUUGUGUAAAAGAGCUUCCUGAUGGAUGUGCCCCAUACCUUUGAAAAAGUAUUUACAAAGGUAUCCACCUAAUAUUUUAGGUGGGCAAUAAGUUGUUGUCAUCAUCCUCACCAUCAUUCAGUCAUAAUCUGGAGCAGUAUUUGUCUUCAAAAGAGAAAUCCUUUUUAAGUGAACUUGUUCUGCCAGUGCCAAAACAUUUAAUUGUAUUUUUAAAAUGUUGCAAUAUUGUAUUUUUUUAAAUGUUGCUUUCACAUCCUACAUGUGAGCUCCCAAAGGCAUCUGGUGGGCCACUGCGAGUAGCAGAGUACUGGACUAGAUGGACUCUGGUCUGAUCCAGCAGCUCUUUCUUAUGUUCUUGCUUUUCAGUGGUGGAUUGGUCUUUAAAAUGUGACAAGGGAAGAAGCAAACUGUAAUAUGUUCCUUUUGAUGCCAAAUUGGGAUGUCUCCCCCGGCUUUGUUCACUAACUUAUGAUAUAUAUAGAGUACCUCAAACUGCUUAUUCUGAUGACUUCCUAUUAAAGUCAGUGAGACAUUUUCAGAAUAAGUGAUUUGAUAAUUACUUUUUGUAAGAAUAUAUAUGAGGCAACUUUUGAUCCUUUCAUUAUUUAUUUUUUUGGAGGUAGUCUCUUUAUGGUGGAAUCCUUGGGAAUAGUUAUCUGAUGAAUAAGCAUGAUACUGUUACCUGAAAUGGUAGGGUCUGUCCUUUUUAGAGUAGGGCAAUAGUGAGGCAGCUCUUGCUUUGCAAGAGCGGGAAACCGAGUCAGUGUACAAGGUUUAUACCAAGAAUGUUCACCACUAGAAAUCUGCUGGAGACCACAGAGUAAAGUUCAACAAAUUUUAUUUAGAAACAAAAGUAAUAAACUUACAGGCAUGCAAUUGGGUAACACACACACACACACACACACACACACACACACACACACACACACGAGAAUAUUGGAGAAUUCUAAGAUUUAGAAAGAGAGGAAGGAUAAGGUUUGGAAUAGAUUGAGGUUUAUGUGGGUAAAAGUUACCUGUCCUGAAGAGGAAUAGUCCUGAGAAGCAAAGUUCAACACCUGUGCUGGAUUCUGAAGAGGCAGGGUAAGGCAGCUGAUACACAAUGCAUACCAGGGGUAUAAGUUGGAUGGGGUGACCUCGUGCCGAACUGUUCUCGUGAGAACAGGGCAUCUCAUUGGGGGCCCUCUCCCUUGAGCCAUAAUAUCCGAUCACCCCAGACCCAGUACAAAGUUGCCGUCCUCACCAUUGCUGGAAUCCAACCUGCCUGCUUGUCCAUCCAUAACUAUAGGAAUGGAAAUACCUGCGGGGAUUCAGGAAAACUGCCUUAAUGUUAGGCCUCAGGCCUGUAGCCAAUGAAUGGACUCUGGAUUCUUGAUCAGUAAUGUUUAUUGAAAGGCAGUAAGUACCUAGCUUGAGAAAGCUAGUUCUGCUCAAUCUUUCCUGGACUCCUUUAUCCUUGCCCAGUCCCCCCUCCCAAUUUCCCAGAGAAAAUGUGAAAAUAGUUGUUUGAAGCCAAGGCCAUGAUAGGGAUAGAUACAGCCACCUGCCUUGCCUCCCCACCUGCCAACAAACACAUUAUGUUUCCCCUGAGGCAGAGAGACUUGUCAGGGUCAUUAUCUAUGAUCCGUGUCAAAGCAAUAAACAAGGAAAGGAAGAGAGAAAGGUCCUUUACAUAUCAAUCAGAGCACAGAUCAAUCAGGUUACAUAAAAGUUGCAAUCAGGUUCUAUAUAACAGACUUUGCUCCUAACACAAAUAAAGAUUUGGAUCUGCUGGUACAGGAAUUUUAUCAAAGGAUUAUUUACCAUCCUUUGCCUUACCUGAUUCCAUGACCAAACUUGAAUAGAGUGGUAAAAAAGGAACAAUUGCAACAAAGAUCAAAACCAAGAAAUAAAAUGUUGCAGAGAAAGACCAUAUAUAAACAUGUAACAUGGAUAAAUAUGAAAAAUGGAUACAAGGUGUCUCUAUGUAUAAAUACUAAAACAAAGUAGAAAUGUGCAACUAAAACAAAUUAGAAAUGUAUCACCAAAUGUGUUUUGACCAAGUAUUCAAUGGUCAUUAACGUCAUUGCUAGAAUACGAAACAAAGAACCAAGGCUGCUCUGCAUUACAGUAGACAAACAUAAAGAAAUAAAAAUAUUUUCCUACUGAAUGUUUUCAAAUUCAAAAUAAAAAUACAUUUAAUGCAUUGCUUCAGCUUGGAAGCAAUGUUGAUAUAGUAAGUUGCCUUUGUAAGGAUGGAGACUUUUUACUAUAGUAUCGUGGAGACAAUGUUAAUGUGCCAGUUGCCUCCACAAAAAAACUUUUUUCCAUAAUACCCUACAAAUGAAUUAAAAAUACAAUUAAAAAUAACUGAAAAGUGCUAUAUAUCAAAAAAUCAGCCCUGGGCUGUUUCCACACGGCAAUGGAAACGCACUUUCACCAGCAUAAAUUAUGCUGGUGGAGGCUCAUGGACUGCUUGCAUGGCAGCAUGCGAGCAGCCCUGCAGAUCCGCCACACUGGAGAGGCGCCACCUCUUGUCCGUUGCCUCCGCUGACCUGCCUGUCCAGCGUCGCUCUGGAGGGCUGCAGGGACCCACCCACGCUGCCCUCCGACCUCCAGGGGCUGCUGUGAACGCUUCCCCAGGGAUGGUGGUUUUGCCACCCCAGGGGCACUGUAUUCUGCCUGUGUGGAAAGGGUUCAGAAAUAUGCAACCACAUUCUUCCCCUGCAGAAUGACAAAUGUAACAAAAACGGUAACACAGCAAUGAUCUCAGUGCAAACACCUGUAGUGUCCUUUAUCAUUAGGAGUCUUUAUCUUUUGAUUGUUGUGUUAGCAUUUUAGAUUUCACGUGACUUCUGAAUUUUGGCUAUCACUUUUCUUCUUCAUCUUGCAAGUUGCCAUCCCAUGUGGAUCUAGAAAGCACUGAAAUCUUCAACCACUGUUAAUUCUCCUUCUAUUCAUUCCUCAAGAUCUUGCAGCAUUUGCCCAUAAAAUGCCUUUUGUUUCUCAUUGAUUGCAUAUAUAUUAAACCCAAUGUGAAGUGCCAUAUAUAUAUAUAUAUAUGACCCUUUACAAAAAUGUAUCUUUCUCCCAUCAUGCUUAGUCACAGCUAUACCUAAUGGCAAUUUUCUAUCAAAUGCUAUCAUGAACCCUUUAGUUUUGUUUUCUGCUGCUGCAUAAAAAUUUAUGUCUCUACAUACUUCCUUUCAUAGUCUCUCCUGUCCAUUCUUAAUAUGUGUUUCUUGAAGCAGCAGUGGCGUAGUGGCUAAGAGUAGUGGCUAAGAGCAGGUGCUCUCUGAUCUGGAGGAACCGGGUUUGAUUCCCAGCUCUGC